GUGAAAUAUGGCAUUGUGAUUUCAAUGACAGCCGAGGGAAUUAAAACUGAAUCGUGUGGUGUGAUGCAAAACGACUGUCGUGCUCGAAAAAUGACGAAUAAUUGUUCUCGAGAUCGCUUCGAAUCUCAUCUGGAAGAAUAUUAAUGGGAAGAAGCUUGUGGAAGAUGAUACGUGGAGCGUGAACCGGAAGAAGAAUGUUCUCCAAGAUGGAUCAAACGAUUCUUCUCUCUCUGCUGAUAUCAUUGACGUGUUUUCUGAAUUGCUGCGAUGGACAUUUAAUCGAUGGGAUUUUCACGGAACCGACCUUGGAACGGGGUUACAAUUUGGUUGCCACGGUUCCUCGUGGUGCUGUGGUUUUGAACGUGACACAAUUACGUCACACGGAGAAUUAUUUGGCGGUCAAGUUGCAAGAUGGUAGCUACGUGUUCAAUGGAAAUUACAGCAUAAGUCUGCCUGGUAAAUAUCAAGCGGCAGGGACUACCUUCGUCUACGUUCGUCAAAGUCCCCAGAAUUUGGAAAGUUUCUCUGCCAUUGGCCCGUUGGAAGAGCCCAUUGAUGUUAUGGUUUUAUAUCAAGAACCGAAUCCUGGGAUUGUAUAUAGAUACGUGAUCCCUGGAAGUGGGGUGUCUCCGAGUUCUCAUCUCGGACAUAGAACGGUUUCUAACAAGGCUGGUGAAGCUAUUCCUCACAGAAAAGUGGAAGCCGGUUCUAAUAUCAAUGAUGGAACGCAAACAUAUCUUCCAAGACGGUACAAGAAAAGAAAAUUCUUUUGGAAACCAAGCGGUUAUACCGAGUGUAGUAAAACUUGUGGCGGAGGUAUUCAGAUGUUGAAGUAUGUAUGCACGAGGGAACACACACAGACACCUGUGCCUGAAAAGAGAUGCCACGCGUUAGAAAAACCGCGAGAAACUCAAGUACGAUGCAAUACUACACCUUGCCUACCCAGAUGGAGAGCAGGCCCGUGGAGCCAUUGUUCGGUUACCUGCGGUAGCGGUACGCGUUCCAGAAGCAUAGAAUGCGUACAAGUAACAGCAUCGUUGAUAAUGAGAAUAGCCGAUGGCGCCUGCGUGGAGCCUAAUAUUUUUCCUACUUCCGAGGUUUGCGAAAUGCCACGCUGUGAACUCGAAUCGAAGGUAGCACCAACAACAUUACCGCCUCCGCAAUGGAGCGUGGGCACAUGGUCCACGUGUUCCACAACUUGCGGUCCAGGUACGAGAACAAGGAGUGCAACGUGCGUGACACAAGGCCCUACGUGUAAUCUUGCAGAAAAGCCUAUUACUCAAGAUGCUUGUGAUUUAGGAGCCUGUACCACUAAAUCGCCACAAACGAAUGCUAUUUCCACGAGAAUCGAAAGUUCGCAGUGGUUGUACACUGAAUGGUCCGAGGAGUGUUCCGCCGAAUGUGGAGUCGGUAUGCAAACGAGAAAGGUGUUCUGCGAAAAAGAUCCGGAGGGAGAAUUUUGCGACCAAUCGACAAGACCUGAAACUUCAAGAACCUGUUCCAGCAACAGAACCUGUAGUGGACAAUGGUUUACGGGACCAUGGACCGCGUGUUCCACGGAAUGUGAUCAAGGAGAACAAGUCAGAGAAGUAGCCUGCAUAACUACGCUUCGUGGAUCUCUUCGUGUUGUUCUCGACAUGAAUUGCCCUGCGAACAAACCGGAAAGUCGAAGAUCUUGCACCGCUCCACCAUGCACAUCCUCGUGGUUUAUAUCAGACUGGACAGAAUGCUCCCGAUCGUGUGGAAAAGGCUUUCAAAAGAGAGAAGUAAAGUGUCUGAACAGAGAGGGUCAGAUACCGGAACACCACGAGCUCCAUUGCAAAGAAAAGGAUCGACCUAUAUCUCGACGAACUUGCAACGACUAUCCUUGUAAGGAGGACAUGCACAGAUCUGAGAAUCAUCACACUGUCCUGCAAGUUCAAGACGAUCCAGAAAUAUCAAAUGUUCUGGAAGAAAAUCCACUUUGCAAGGACAGUACAUCUAACUGCAAUUUAGUGGCACAAGCUCGGCUGUGCAGUUACCAGUUUUACCAUCAGCUGUGCUGUCAAUCGUGUUCCAGAGCUAAGCAAGAUCUCGAAUGAAAAUCUGAAAUUCUGUCGAUCAACUAAAUGUAUCGUAAAUGCAAAUUUAAAGCAUCGAUGAUUGAUCGAAUCAUUGAACGUAACUUUAUGAUAUUAUACGUGUCGUAGAAUUACUUACUCUUGCACUGCCUGAUGAAAGAUUUUUAACGCCAAGUUUUAUGUAUAGAAAUGAUAUUAGAUAUUAGAUUUCCUAAAGUAAAUAAUGAAAUAAUUAUUAUAAAUAAUCCAUAGGUUUAUGAAUAAGCUUGGAUUAAACUUUUAUAAAAGUUAAUAAAUUAUAACAAUUGUCAACGUUUUAUAACGUUUUGAAAAGUAGAUUAUUUAUCGAAUUAUAUACGUAUAGCUUUAAUUGUAAUUUUAUAGAAACGAUGAUAUUAAUGUAUAAUUAUUUAUGAUUAAUCUAUCUGUGAAAAUCGUUCGAGCUUUUUAUUUAAUAUUGAAAAUAAGUGUUAGAUUAAAUUAAAAUGAAAGGAAAAUUUAGUAAAUUUUAAUAUUCAAAAGGAAAUCACGAGAUCGUCGACGAGAAAUUAUAGACUGAUCGCAUAAAUUAACGCAACAUUGGCAUUUAAUUUGUAUUAUUUUCCAUAGUUAUUAUUUGCUAUAAUAAAGUUUAUGCUUUCUAUCUUC